AUGAAAAUUCAACGCCUAACUUCCGAUAUAAUUAACACCCUUCCAAAAAACAUAGUUGAGAAUAUUUUAACACUUAUGCCAAUCCAAGAUGCAUUGAAAACAAGCAUUUUGUCUAAGAAAUGGAGGCAUCGUUGGAAAAGCAUGCCCAAACUUGCAUUUGAUGACAACCAUGUUGAGAAUGGGUUUUUUCAAGAGAACUUUGAAUCUGAAGGAGGAAAUGAGUUUACAUUUGUUGAGCUUUUACCAUGUGUGCCUUUGGUUAGAACCUUGGAUCUCUCGAGGUUUUAUAUGAUGAUGUAUGGCAGAAAGUUACGUGUUCAACAAUCUUCCAUAGACUUUCAUAAUCUGUCAAGUUUUGACUUGGAUCAUCUCAAGGAACUACGGAUACUAAAGUUCUGUAACUUACUUCCUGAGAUGGAAUUUUUGGAGCUCAUUAUGGCCAAGUCACGUGUGUUAGAGAAAGCAAGAUUAGCGCUUAGUGCCAAACUCUCUGCCGAUGAUGAACUGACGAUGUUAAGAGACUUGGUACGGGUGCCAUUUCCACGUGCAUCGCCAACAGCAAAGCUUAUCAUCGAACGCCCUAAAUCUUUGUCGUGA